AUGUUCGCCAACUCCGUCCGCCGCCAGCUCGCGGCCGCGACCCGCUCCUCAGCUCGUCGCGCAUCCACCUCAUCCUCCACCGCCUCGUCCUCCUCGUCCUCCUCUCCCCUCUGGCGACGCGUUCGCCUCACCGCCGGCGCGACCGCGCUCGCCGCGACCUCCUACUACCUCGGCGCGCUCUACCCGCCCGAGUUCGCCCACCUCCUCUCCCCGCGCAGCGCCCCGCCCCCGCUGUGCCCAGACGACCCCGCCGCGCUCGCGCACGUCGCCGCGCUCGAGGAGGAGCUCCACAAGCUGCCCGUGCUCCUGGCGCACCGCGCCCAGACGGGCGAGGACGACUGGUACGAGGCGCGCCCGUACCUCAACAUCCCCGAGGAGCGCCGCGUCAACAGCCUCACCGCGGGCACCCUCAAGGGCCCCGGCAAGCUGGCGGUCGCGCCGCUCGUGCGCGCGCGCCACGACGCGCGUGAGAACUGGAUCUUCAUCCACGUCGGACGCGCGCUCUGCGGGCACGAGGGGGUCAUCCACGGGGGGCUGCUCGCGACGCUGUUGGACGAGAGCCUGGCGCGAGUGGCGCUCCUGAACCUCCCCGAGAAGGUCGGCGUAACGGCCAACCUGACGAUUAACUACAAGGCGCCGACCCGCGCCGACCAGUUCAUCGUCAUCAAGGUGCGGCUGAUCGAGGCCCAGGGGCGGAAGUCCCGGGUGGAGGGCACGGUCGAGGACAUGUCGGGCAAUGUCCUCGUGGAAUCCAAUGCUCUGUUCGUGCAGCCGCGGUACGCCAAGCUGCUGAACUCGACGGCUGUGCGGUCGAUGCUGGGCGAGCCUCCCAAGACGAAAAAGGAGAUCUCGCCAGAAGGCACGCCGCAGCCCGUCCACCUUCCAGGCGGCGCACAAACACUAGUGAAGAAUGACAGUUAG